AAGAGAAUCGUUCGAGUUUGCAGCAAGAAGCUCCGUAUAUUGGCAGUGAAGAUGGCACUGGAUAACGAAACGAGCCAUUUUAAGCAAUUGCCUCCAGCACCUGAAAAACUAGUCGAACAUUACUAUGAUGAAGAAUGGCCCAUUCAACGAGUCGUGCGUUGGUUAGAUGACAACGGUUGGGAGGCCGUCGCACGCCCUUUUGAAGACGGUCAUGUAUAUGGUCACCGAUUUCUCAACUUAUCGUUCGCCGAGGCAUCGGAAUUGCUUUCUCGAUCAGCUUUAAACGACACCGACAAGCGUCGAUUAGUGCACAGCAUUCACGCACUCCGAGCCAUGACUGAUAGUCAUUCUCAUCGCCAAAUUCAACACCCCGCUCACGAUGGCAUGGAACGAGUAACAAACGAUGUCGCUGCUUAUCCUGAGCGAAUACAAGCGAGAACUCCAGGACCCCACGCACGAAUGCCGAUGACUGGACUGCCUGCGGCGAACUUGUCAAACAAUACACGGUUCGCGGUACCGAGUAGAACGGCCGUGCCACCGAAUGGCAUGGAUCACGACCUUGGCGUAACGAGACCUCGUAUCCCUGAACGAAUAUCUUCGAAACCAGAGCACAUUUCGAAAAUCAUCAAAUCCUUAAAUGUGCCUCAAAUAAGAACUAUUGCUGCCGCCGGCCGAGGCAGAUCAGCCCAAACGUACCUGAACACCGGUUCAUCCUCGGCCGCCUCCGGUCGGUACCCUUCUUCUUCCAAUGGUGUCAAUGACCGCAUGCACAGUCCCGUCAGUCCUCGUUUCCAUGGAGGCGAUCAUGAAGAAUGGAAGAUUGGUGGUCGAAGAGUUCCACAGUUCCAUGAUCAUUCUCAUCCUGCCUCUCCGCAUCCAUCGCGUGGUCCGCCAUCCUCCGAAUCACGCGAACAAUGCAUUUAUGUGACAACAGAUGGUGACGUGCUGUUCAAACUUACCGUCACCGAUAUGCAUGAUCCCGUACAGAUCAAGACAUUGAUACUCAAGAAGAUGGGCGUUGAUAGUGAUUGCGACAGAUAUCAUUAUUACCGUUGUCAUGACGGUGUACCAGAUCAACUCUUGACUGACGAAGAACUGGUACACAUCUGCAAUACUUCUGACAAUACCCAAAAGAAUAUCCUGGUCAAACCCGUGGAAGGCAUCACGCCUUAUGGCUUUGACAAUGGCAAUGGAAAUGAUUAUGGCAAAUCACUUCCAACAUAUCAAAGAUCUACCACAGCUCCUUAUCCAGCGCGACAUCCUUUACCCUAUGCUAUGCAUGCUACAUACCCAGAUUCGUCUGCGCAUCCAGCGAAUCCUGUCAUAUACACCGAUUUCCAUGAUCCAUCGAAUCAACCUCGUUAUCCUGGUUAUUUCCAUCCUGACGCUAGCCCUCGUGCCAGUCCUGUGCUGACCAAUUCGCCUGUAAGUGGAUGGCAAUUAUCCGAUCCUUCUCCGAAAUAUGGCGGAGAAGAGGCCAGCCAUGAUUUCGAAAUGCAUCGCUCAGCUGGUGGCACGCCCUCGGAAGAACAUAGAGAAGAUUUCAGCUACUUCGACCGAACGUACAAACGUUCCUCUGGCCGCAGUACGAUGACGGAUGACUCCUUUACAUCGGAUCAAUCACCUUCACGUCCUUUGCCUCCCAAUGCGUUCAAGGCAUUGCCUCCUCAACCACAACCGAGUCGAUCCGAGCGUAGUGUCGGUUCCCAAAGCGAUCCAGCCGAGGUUCCAAGACCCAUGCCUGCCGCCUCCUUGUGGGCCGUAGCACCCCAAAAGCCGACUACAUCUGCCGCCGAAGUCACCAAUCACGAAGCAACCGCAGAUGUAACAAGUCCGGCUCCUGCUGCUAAACAGGCAUCCUUAUGGGCUGUUCCACCACAGCCGCGUCCAAGCACUUCCGAAAGAAGUACAACCGAGAGCAGCCAACCGAAGCGAACUUCGGCCACCUCGUUUUGGGCCGUUCCUCCUCAACCAAGACCGAGUGCAUCGGAACGAACGACCAGCGAAGAUGCAUCCGACAGCAAAUCUUCCGGUACGACGCUCACCGCUUCUUUCUGGGCCGUGCCUCCUUCCACGUCCUCGUCCUCGGCCGCAACAACCCCUCGAACAGCUCCCGCCAACCAGUCGUCGACGAACGGCAAUCCCCAUGGUGCAUUGUGGCCCACCGAGGCUUCAGCAUCGUCGCGUGAACAAAUCCAUUUGCAUCCCAGCAUUUCUUCCGAACCUAUUGCUGGUCGACGAAAGUCGGGACGUGAUGAUACCACGGAAGAGGAUAAAUUGGCGUCGAGCGCGCCUCCUGCCAUGAUCGAAGAGGCAGUAGAGAGCCUUUCUUUGCAGGAUCAGCCUCACCGAGAACGCAAUAAGCGGCUGCAAAUCCAGAUUCCCUCGAAUCAUACUUCGGACGCAUCGCCUUCACCUCGAACACCAUGUGAUCCCAAAACCCCUGCUUCGGCCACCAGUGCAUCUCCAGUAUCUGCGUCGCAAGAUAACUUUGAUAUUGAGAAUGAGAAUUGGUCGGAACGUCCUUCCAUCGAACGCCUUUACAGAAACAUCGACAAGUAUUUGCCAGGACAUGAUCUCGACAAAGAAAUCGUCGUUGAGCAGCCUGCAACCGCUGUACCUCCCCCCGUGUCUCGUCGCUUGCAAGGCCAUAAGAAAUCCAUCCGUGCCGUUGCCAACGAAGCCCAUCGCAACUGGCGACAUGCCAUGAACGUCAUUCGCGCCAAAAACAUCUUGCGUCGAAAGAGCACCAAGAUGUGGGGUCAGCAAGUAGAGCAAGUGAAACCUGGUAUGAUUGCCGAAGGCCAACCUAUUGUGAACAACCCAUUCGCGUUUUCCCAAACCGGCGAUAAACCAAGCCCUACAAAACUGCAGUGGAUGCGCGGUGAACUUAUCGGUAAAGGUUCAUUUGGCAAAGUAUAUCACGCUUUGAAUGUAGCUGCGGGAGAAUGGAUUGCUGUCAAACAAGUAGAAUUGCCGACAACAAAAUCUGACUUGUUGAAUGACAAACUGCGAGAUACGGUCGAUUCUCUUUAUCGCGAAAUUUCGCUUUUGGAAGGGUUGGAUCACGAGAACAUUGUGCAAUAUCUUGGUUACGAUUCGGAUGAGGAGGAAGGUCACAUCAACAUUUUCUUGGAAUACGUGCCUGGUGGUAGUAUUGCAUCGUGUCUCAGCAAGAGUGGCAAAUUUGACGAACCGCUUGUGCGCUUCUUCACGCGUCAAAUUCUGCUCGGUUUGGAAUACCUUCAUCAUCGCAAUGUAUUGCAUCGCGAUAUUAAAGCAGGAAAUAUUCUUUUGGAUCAAAAUGGUGUAUGCAAAAUCACCGAUUUUGGUCUAUCCAAACUAAGUGGCCAGGAUAAAGCUUAUGAUCCGCACUGCAAUAAUUCGGUUAUGCGAGGCACCGUAUUUUGGAUGGCUCCCGAAGUUGUCAAAGGCACCAAUUAUAACGCAAAGAUUGAUAUUUGGAGUCUUGGCUGUACAGUAAUUGAAAUGCUCACCGGAAACCAUCCAUGGUUGGAUUUGAACAUGCUGGCCGCUUUAUAUAGCUUGGGUAAAUAUCAAGCGCCUCCGAUCCCGGAAGACGUAUCAGACCAAGCCAAGGAUUUCCUUUCGCAAUGCUUUAUCAUUAAUCCUGAGGAUCGACCCACCGCUGCCGACCUCCUUGUCCAUCCAUUUGUCCGACAAGAUCCAUCAUUUAAAUUCAAGGUAAGAUAUGCAGCCAUUUUUUCUUCAGAAAACGAGGAAGACGAUCCAUGCGUAUUUACGCCAAUCUUUUUUAUAGCAAUACAUGAAGCAUAAGGAU